AUGGCUAACAAGUUUAUUUACUGGCCUUGUUGCAAUUGCUGCAGUGAGCUUUCAUUAGAGUAUUGCGAAAGAACACGAGGACUAGCAAGGGAAUUACUUAAAGCAAUAUCAGAGAGUUUAGGGUUGGAACCCUUCUACAUUGAGAAGGUCAUGAAUUUAGAUAAAGGUUUACAAAUUUUAUAUGCAAACUUUUACCCACCCUGUCCACAACCAGAACUUGCAAUGGGCUUGCCACCACAUUCGGACCAUGGCCUCUUGUCUCUUGUCACACACAAUGGAAUUGGUGGCUUCCAACUACAACACAAUGGGAUGUGGGUCAAUGUCAAUGCCAUUCACAACUCCUUUCUAGUCAACAUUGCUGAUCAACUUGAGAUUUUAAGUAAUGGGAAAUACAAGAGUAUUCUACAUCGAGCAGUAGUAAACAAAAAAGUCACAAGGAUAUCACUUGUCAUGACCAAUGGACCACCACUCAAUAAGAUUGUCAACCCAGCACCAGAGUUAGUAAACAAUGGAAUUGAUCAACCUGCAUACCAUGGGAUAACGUAUAAAGAAUACUUGCAAUGUCGACAAAGCAACAGUCUUGAUGGGAAAGGCAACUUGGGUCGCAUACGCAUCUAAAUUGUGUGAAGUAAGAGCUUUUUUCCUGAGGACACUAUAAAUGGCUAUAGCGCAUGUGUACUUAAUUGGACAAAGUGUCCAUCAAAUGCUCCACUCCAUUUGAUGAGAUACGAUACAAAGAUGUAUGCAAUUAAUUUUAAACAUGUAUCCAUAUCAUAUUAGAUCUAACUAGUACAUUCGAGCACUAAACCCAAGACAAACCCUAGCUAUUUAACUUCUUGUAUAAGGUUUUAUCAUCUAUUAUUAGUGAGUGUCUUUGUGCAUAGCAAACUUAUUACUG